AAGCUCACCAAGGCGCGUAGAGCAAAAUCUGGCCCAAGCUCAUGGCUUUCUUUCCUCCCAUUUUCAUCCUCCAAAACUACGAAACACGACCAUGAGUUCAUGCUUACGCUUAUUCACGACCUCGUCGUUCCUCCGCCAACCAACUCCGGUAACUCGAGUCCCAAAUCCCCGCAAUUAGCCCUAGCAGAUCCGCAUGAAAUGCUGGCUUCCUACGCCCAAACAUGCUCUGCGAAGAACCUGUCGCUGUCUACGCUUCUUCAAGAGCCGGAUAUAGCAGGUCACACUGCCAUCUAUUGGGCUAUCGUCAACUAUCGCUCCUCCCUCCUCGAUGCUCUGCUCAAAUAUGCCUCCCCCUUGACCCCUGUGACACUCAGUGAAAUGAGGAAGGCAUGUUUGGUGGCGAGUAAUCAGCCCUUAUUUCAAAACCUCAGACUUAGUGUCGGGUUGUGCGCAAGUGGGCUACGGAGUGCUACCGAUGGACUACUUCUUGGUCAGCGCCCACCAGAUGACGUGCGUGUUGAAGAGGGCCCUGAUGGUGCUUUUGCUGCAACACUGGAUAUUGCGAUGUGGCAGAGACGUAUGCGUGCAGUUGGGAGCGUGAGCGUGGAAUUUAUUGUCUCUGGUCGUAUAUUUGCACUGACCUUCUUUACUACCGAUCGUCCUCGACCCCACUCUAAGUCCACCGGAACCAAAAUAGUGGUAGGGCCCUUGCACGUCUCACUCUCCCUCCUUGAUCACAGCCUACCGACCUACGUGGAUGCAACAGUAGUCAUCGAUGAACCUCCUUUUCCUUCUCUAGGGCCUUGUCCACGUUCACCAAGAAAUUCCUAUUCGCCAAGAGAGCACAUCCACAGCGCCAGUUUCUCAGGCAGAGAGACGGUGUAUGGCUUUGAGAAUGAAGUGGGAUCUGGGGGUUGUGAAACGGACUUCAACUAUGAUGGACAAGCGCACUUACCUUCGCUCAGCCCUCCUGGCUCUUCUCGUCCUGCAUCGUUCUCAGGUGCACAUACACAGAAACAGAUGCCACCACCUCGCUUGCUCAAAAAAUUGUCCUCGUCGCGUUCCUCGUACACAUUAGCAUCUGUAUUGGAUACAAGUAAGGCCGCAGCUCUCACAGCUGAGAAGCAGCUCGCGAAGCUGAAGCAUGCCUCGUUGGGAUCCAGUGGGCGUGCUCCGGUGGUGCUCCAUUUUAGUGCAGGAGAGUCUAUGCUUGCUUGUCGUACGAGGAAUGGAGAUUCAUACACUAUACCUCACGCUACCACCAAACCUGAUACCUGGUCCGAACAUGGUACAUGGUAUGUCUCUGCGAUCGUAGUGCCACUUGGAGAACAAGAUGGAGCCGGAUUGAUGUUUGACACAUCUCCGCAUAUCACGCCUGAUGGCAGUUUACGAGCACGACUAGAGGCGAGGUUGGUGAAAACUGAGGAAGGAGGAAAGAAGUGCAUUAUUUGUUAGUUUGAUGUAGGG